AAAUGUGUGACACUUGACAGCUGAGACUGGGUGUAGUGUUGCCAACCGGUCCGAAAGUUACCAAACACCGAACGAUUUUUUUAUUCUCUUAACGCAAAAAUCGAUUUUUUUGCCGUAUUUUGUAACAAAAUAUGAUGGCGCCCCCUGCUUAAUAACUAGCGCGUCCUUAAUUUAACCUUGAGAGUGUUCAAUUGAACCGUAUUUUUCGUUAAAGAAGUAUUAAACCAGACAUUCCGCUCCGUUUGACUACAUUGGAACAAAAUGCCGACGAAAGCAGUUUGUGUCCUAAACGGCGAAGUUAAGGGGACCAUUUUCUUCACACAAGAAAAUGGUAAAGCCCCGGUGCAAGUCACCGGCGAGGUGAGUGGGCUCAAGAAGGGGCUGCAUGGGUUCCAUAUCCACGAGUUUGGGGAUAAUACCAAUGGGUGCAUUUCGGCUGGGGCCCACUUCAACCCCCAUGGAAAGGAUCAUGGAGGGCCCACCCAUGACGUACGUCAUGUGGGGGAUUUGGGGAAUAUCGAAGCCGGGGGUGAUGGAGUUGCCAAAGUUGGUAUUACUGAUAAGUUUAUCUCGUUGGAAGGGGAGCAUAGCAUUAUUGGGCGCACUUUAGUGGUUCAUGCCGAUCCGGAUGAUUUGGGACAAGGGGGCCAUGAAUUGAGCAAGACUACAGGGAAUGCUGGCGCUCGUUUGGCGUGUGGUGUUGUUGGAAUCACUAAAGCUUAAGUUUUUUUUUGGUUGGAAUUGUUUUUUUUUGCUUUAAUUUCAAGUUAAAUACGAAAUAAUUUUGUAGUGGAUGGUGAAAGAAUAAAAUAUUUUAAGUUUUUA